AUGCAUCCAACUCAGCUAUUCCAAACCCUCGGCGUCCCCCCGCUCCUGUCGUCUAAUCCGUACAGCGCAUCUUCCUUCCCUUCGCUGCAACAUCUCGCCAAUCCGACCUUCUAUCACACGCCGCGGCGGGCACCCGUCACAGCCCCUCACCCUGGCUAUGUAAUCUCAGCAAGCGCUACACCCGAGCGCAAGACCAAGGCGACCGGGACGCCUCACGCGAAAAGCCGUUCCAGGAGCCUCUUGCAUCCCAGUCCGAUUGAAUUCUACGACCUGAAGUCGCCUUAUUUCGAGUUCAGUAACCGCUCUCCGCAUCCGAUCAUUGUUCGUGAUCUGUGCUACCCAACUGCAGAGCACUACUGGCUAAGCUCCCAAUACAUCGACUACAUGCCUGAUAUUGCGGAGCUUAUCCGAACGAUGCCUACUGUAAAGCUCGCUGCUGAGUUCGCCGGGAAGUACGCCCACCUACGCAACCCGGACUGGAAUCCUGGAAAGGAGCUCUACAAAGCCAUGGAGCGCAAGUUCAAACAAUAUGGGCAUCUGGCAGAUAUGCUCGUUCGUACGGGGCGUCGCCCACUUGUGUAUGCGAACCCGAACGACAGGUUCUGGGGAUACGACGGAUCUAAGCAGAUCGGAAAGAACAUGUUCGGCAUGUAUCUGUCGAACGUACGCGACUACCUCCGCUCUGAAGGGUUCACGAAGGAUAUAUCGCCUAUCUUGAUCACAGAUCGAAGGAGGGAUCCAUAUUUCGGCCUCACGACCUUCUCGGACCAUCCAGUCGCUGAUGAUUCAGGCAACGUUUACAGGACCGCCGAGCAUCUACUUCAAGCUCUACGGUUUCCCGAUGACGACGAGAUGAGGGACCAUAUACGAGAACAAUUAUGGCACUCGUCACCACAAAUGGUCCAAGCUGAGGCUGACAAGUACUCACAUCGGGGGCGCAGUGACUGGGACGACGACGUAGUCCUUCGCGAGAACUUGGUCAACGUGUUAACGUUGAAGAUCUCUCAGCAUCGGGACCUUCUCGAGCUAUUAGAGGAUACGGGAGAUAGGGAACUCUACCGAGUGGGCCCAAAUCGCUACUGGCACCAUGUGGACGGAUCUGGUGAAAAUCAAUACGGGGAGAUACUCACGACUAUCCGCCAGGCGAUGCAGAAUAACCUUCGAAGUUAUGGACUGACCAGUGUGCGGCAGUUGGAAGGCGUCGACGCCCCAGGACAGCAUCAUGUGCUGCACUUUUCCAAUGAACCUGCCGGCCUACACCACUAUCUUUCAAACUUCUUCGUCGCGCCGAUAUCAGACGGCAAAGGCAGGCACUACAACACUGCAGAGCACCUAUUCCAAGCGCUAAGGUUUCGACAUGACGAGGCUAUGUUUGACUACAUACGUGCUCAGCCGAGUGCGCUGGGAGCCCGCCAAGAGGCCGAAAAGCACUGCGGGCGACAGAGAGCUGAUUGGAAUGAAGUACGCCGAGACGUCAUGGAUUGGGUUAUCCAGAUGCGAACGUACCACCACCCCGACUUCGCUGACGCACUUGACGCCACUCAAAGCGCUGAACUCGUGUUGGACGAUCCUGAGGAUACGUUUUGGAGCACUGGGUCGGAUGGGAUUGGUAGGAAUGAAAUGGGCGGUGCUCUCAUGAGGGUCAGGCAGUGGCUUCGUGAUAGGCGACCCCGAGGUGACGAGCAUGACGAGUAUGACGACGAAGAUUAG